CGGCGGGCGGCGAGUGGCGGGGCGGCCGGGGCGGCCGGGGCGGGCGGGGCGCGGGGCGGCCUGGACCCACGCGGCGCAGGGCCCGCCUGGCCUGCAGCGCUGCACCCCACGGCGGCGCCACCAUGCCCUUUGACUUCAGGAGGUUUGACAUCUACAGGAAGGUGCCCAAGGACCUCACGCAGCCAACUUACACCGGUGCCAUCAUCUCCGUGUGCUGCUGCCUCUUCAUCCUCUUCCUCUUCCUCUCGGAGCUCACCGGAUUCAUAACGACAGAAGUCGUGAACGAGCUCUACGUGGAUGACCCAGACAAGGACAGCGGAGGCAAGAUUGAUGUCACCCUCAACGUCAGCCUUCCCAACCUGCACUGCGAGUUAGUCGGGCUGGACAUCCAGGAUGAGAUGGGCCGACACGAGGUGGGCCACAUCGACAACUCCAUGAAAAUCCCGCUCAACAACGGGGCAGGCUGCCGCUUCGAGGGGCAGUUCAGCAUCAACAAGGUCCCAGGCAACUUCCACGUGUCCACACACAGCGCCACGGCCCAGCCCCAGAACCCGGACAUGACGCACGUCAUCCACAAGCUCUCCUUUGGGGACACGCUCCAGGUCCAGAACGUCCACGGAGCCUUCAAUGCUCUUGGGGGAGCAGACAGACUCACCUCCAACCCCCUGGCUUCCCACGACUACAUCCUGAAGAUCGUGCCCACGGUGUACGAGGACAUGAGCGGCAAGCAGCGCUACUCCUACCAGUACACGGUGGCCAACAAGGAGUACGUCGCCUACAGCCACACUGGCCGCAUCAUCCCCGCCAUCUGGUUCCGCUAUGACCUCAGCCCCAUCACGGUCAAGUACACCGAGAGACGGCAGCCUCUGUACAGAUUCAUCACCACGAUAUGUGCCAUCAUCGGUGGGACCUUCACGGUGGCGGGCAUCCUGGACUCCUGCAUCUUCACUGCCUCGGAGGCCUGGAAGAAGAUCCAGCUGGGCAAGAUACACUGAUGGCCAAGCACCCUGGGGAGCCCCGCCGCCAGCUGCCGCCGCCUCCUCCUGCCACCCUCCAGUGGUCUGGACCCGGCUGCGUCCUGGAGUGGGGGUGCGGUCGGGCGGUUCGGAGGUGGCUCGACAUUUCACAGCUACCUCUCUUCCCUGAGUCCAAGUUUAACACAUCACACCACACUGCCCGAUGUCGGGGAGCCCCUAGACCAGUCUGGGGCAGGAGGGCUGUUGGGGACCACUUCCGGGAGGCCUUUCCUUGUGGAAUCACAGCCCGAAACUGAUGUGGACCAGCUAGCUGUCAGCCAGGCUUUGACAAUCUCUCCCCUCCCCCCAGUAUUUGGGUUCACUAAUAAUCACUUGGACACCCCCCUCCCCCAGGCAUGGAACUGGCUGCCCUAAGGUACGUCUGCCUGGCGCCUUCCACGAAGGCUGGUACUUCCCAGGCCACCCCCCCAAAAAAGCAGCAUGGGGUGCUGCUUCUGCUCCAUCCCUUCCUGUCUCCCACCCCAGCCCCUCACUCUUGCCCCUUCCUCUUCCUUCCAGGAAGCAGAUGCCCAGAUGCUGCACAGCAGUGGCGGAGACUCAGGUCUGCUCACUGGUCCUGGGGUGGGCCUGGGGGUCCCCCUUCUUCUCUCCACUCUGAGCCCCCCACCGAUGUGCCUCGGCCUCCGCGUUGUGGGUCACAGCAUCUCUGGUGGAGGGGCUGGCUGUGACCAGGGACUCCUCUUGGGGACCAGACACGGCUGUGAGUUUAUAUCCAGAUGGGAAGCCAACCUUCCAGUAACCCCAUCACCGUGUCUCAGCUGCUUCCAGGUAGCUGCUGUCCCUCCCCAAGGCCUUAAGUGGGGGGGCCACAGUAGCCCUGCCCCCCCCACUUUGGAGGUCUGCCUUCUGGCUCCCCAAGGGUACACAGCCCUUGGUCCUCUGGAGCCUGGUUGGAACACACUAACCUUUGAGCUCCCCAGCCAGCUGGCCACACGCCAAUGCGUCCCGAUCCCUCCCUGGGGCGGCCCCAGCAUCCCCACAUUUGAUCCCAGAGUGGGAGCUUCCCCCCCACCCCCGUGAGUCCUAGAGGGAGGGGCAGUGGUCCAGGCUUGCAUUCCUUCCAGGGAAUCCACUCUGGCUAUGCCCCCCUGUCCUGGGAGCAAGCGCCUGCCCGCCUGUGUGCCAUGCCAUGUAUACGGAGAUUGCAUACUAAAGUGAUGGAGGGGAACACCCCUCAGAAGGGGUUGGAAGAUUGUCUCUCGGGGCGGGGGGGGGGGGGGUCUGCAGACCUCACCAGUUCUAACCCUUGGCUCCGGUUUCAAUGAGCCAAGCUUCCCCUUUUGCAGUAGACUCGAUUGAUGUCAGUGUUUAUUCCUGGGACCUGCAGUCAUUUGUUUUGUUUUGUUUUUUAAUUUUCCAUUCUGUCCCCCAGUUCCAGAGAGGAGGCCCUUUGGUGUGUGAUGGCAUACGCCCUCAGAGGGUGGGCAGGGUGGGGUCGGGGACGUGUGUGGCAUGCACGGAGUUGGAAUUCCACUUUUAUGCGUUAAAAAUAAAGCCUCUGAGAAGCUGUUUCACUUCUGACCCCAUUGUCCUUCAAAACAACAUCUCAAGGGGGGAAAGGGUCUCUGUCCUUCUCCCCACUCACUGGGUUCUGACAUUAAAAGGCUGAUUUUCAGAAA